GAAAGAUGAGCACUGUUCGAUGGAUAGUACUUUGCACAUUUUUGCUGAUUCAUCAGGGAUCGGCCCAAUUUCUAGACGAGAAUUGCAUUUCUUUUAACCCUUAUGACGGGUCAUCCUCCUCUCCGUGGUUGGCCGAAAUUCGAACGCCUUUCAAAUUAAUUUGCUCUGGCACUUUGAUUACCAACCAAUAUGUUCUGACUGCUGCAAGCUGUAUAAAAAAUAAAAGGCAAAUCGUUGUUCACUUGGGAAAUAAUGAUGGAGACAGCUUUCAAAGUUUCCCUGUAAAAAAAGUCUACAUUCACAGGUCAUAUUCCGAAAUCACAAAAGAUAAUAAUAUUGGUUUGAUUAAAUUGGAUGCGGUUGUGGAAUAUAGUGCCAAUAUACGACCGAUAUGCAUUACAAAAAAUCCUUUAGGCCAAAGCAAAGAUUUUACAUUUGAAAAAUUUAACAAAAAGCCUGAAAUAGGUGAUUGGUGCAAGUUUAAAUCAUAUUUUGGUGAAGCAUGUGUUGAAGAGAUAAGGGAGAAAUAUUUAGCAUCAAAGCUCAUUGGGAGCCCCUGGAAGAAAAAAAUCUUAUAUGGACCUUUGCAACGCUACGUACAACACGGAAUCCUCAGUUAUCGUAAUGCGGAAACAUAUGUCGACACUUACACCAAUGUUUUUGCCUAUGUCGAGGGAAUAGCAUCAUUGGUUUUAGACGUUGCUAUUUUUAUUCCGAAUUCCUUACAAGAACAUUAAAAAUAAAAAAGUUUUAAAAUUUA